UAGCAGUGAAAGCUAUAGAGAGUGUUUCGAUUGUAUUCCAUUCGAAACGUGUUUCAAUGCAUUCGGUGUUCAUUUCGUAAUCACAAACUCUGCCAAACAUUUCACACAUUUGUCACCAAAAACACCACUAAUUACACACAUUUCCACUUCUCUUCACAACAAGAGCUAAUCCAUUGAGUAGUCAUGACUUUGGAGGACAACGAGAGCGAAGACAUGACGGACUCCGCGGCCAACGCGACCGCCGACGACGAGACGGCUCAGUCGGCCAACACUAGUGCGGACCAGGAGUUCAUUUUCAUCCACGACACCGGAUUCAAUGUCCACAUACAGUGUCCCGCUUUGGAUCCAUUCGAAGUACAGGUGAGUGCCAUGGAAUUGGUUCAGGAGAUACAUCACCUGCUGAUGGACAGGGAGGACACGUGUCACCGGACCUGCUUCUCGCUACAGAUGGAUGGCAUGACUUUAGAUAACUUCACAGAACUGAAGAAUAUUGAAGGUCUGAAAGAGGGUUCAGUCAUCAAAGUAGUGGAAGAGCCGUAUACUGUCCGCGAGGCCCGAAUCCACUUAAGACAUGUCCGCGAUUUGCUCAAGUCAUUGGAUCCGUCGGACGCAUACAAUGGCAUUGAUUUGAAUUCGCUUUCGUUUGUCAACACUAUCUCUCAAUCAGACAUUUCGGGUCUGUUUUAA